AUGAUAUCGGGGUCUUACCUCGUCCUUUCCGCGGCUGGGACGGUCUCCUACCACGCCUACUUCAAGCAUAGAGAAAACCACCUCAGAAUUGUGCUCUACAUUCAAGUCCUUGCAAAUAUACUCAUAGCAGAGGUGUUGCUUUUCCAGCAUCAAGAGGGUCUAGAUCUUGCCGCUGCCUUCACUCAAGCAGCCCGCAUUCAGGGCAGCAUUUUCAACGGUCUCUUCGGCUGUAGGAUUACCAGUCGUUUCCUCCCAGCUGCAUUCCCACGCAGCGAUGCAUUUCGGCAGGUGCACAGGCUACAUGAUCUGCACGGCCCCUUUUACGAUAUUAGCUAUCCAAUGGUGUCGCUACAAACUAUGCGUAACAAGAAACCGCACGAGGAACGACGCCAUGUUUGGAGCGCCGCAUUUGGGGAUAAGGCAGUGCGAGGCUACGAACAGCAAUUGCGUCGCUACCUCGACGACCUAGUAGAUUACUUCAGCUCGCAGGCUGUGGCUGGUAAGCCUCUUAACAUCACCAAAUGGUUUGAGCUGUAUAGCUACGACUUCAUGGGUGACCUCACCCUUGGAAAGUCGUUCGGCAUGCUCGAGGCGCAGAAAGAUCACUGGGCUAUACACUUACUCAAACAGGCAAUGAUUCCUCUCGGUCUUUACUUGCCCACGUGGUUCUUCCGAGUUACUCCACCGGAGAUUCCUGACGUUGCUUCAGUUCUUGUGGCGCCGAUCAGGGGCCAGCAGCCCUCACGGGAGCAAUGGGAACUAUUAAGAGGAGACGCACAGUUGGUUGUACUAGCUGGCAGUGAUACAACAGCUACCAUCCUCGCCGCCGCCAUGUAUCAAGUGGUACGGCAUCCAGAGCAGGUGCAGCGACUCCGCGAUGAAGUUUCCCCAUACAUAACCGAUCCACUCCACGACAUCCCGGGUAACAUGACAGUCAUGUGCCCGCAGUAUGUGCUAGGCCGUGAUGAAAAGGCCCAUGAGCGCCCGAAAGAAUUCCUUCCCGAGCGUGAGGCGAGAUGUCAUUUCCCCCUACCGCCAAGACAAUCGGUGCUGACCAACUUCUCGUUAGGUCCAUAUGGGUGUAAUGGCAAACCCCUGGCUUUGCUUACUCUUCGCAGCACUUUAGUACGACUGGUCACGAUGUUCGAUUUUGAGUACGCUCCUGGAGAGGAUGGGACGGCAUUUGAGGGGAAGGCGAAGGAUAGGUUUACAAUGAGCUAUGGGGAUUUGCAGACACUCUUCCGGGUGAGAAGGAAAAUGUGA